AUGCCGACGAAAAAAGCGUCCAAAUCUAAAAAGGCCAAAGGCGGGAAAGAAAAGAAGGAAGGCAAACGGGACUCGAAAACGGACAAAGAGUCGGACGUGGAGAAGGCCAAGGCCAACGCCGUCCUGUGGGAGCUGAGGUUAAAGGCCACCGAGCAGUCCCUGAGGGACUACACCGAGUCUUGUCAGAAGGUGGCACGCGCAAACGAGCAUCUGACCAAUCAGCUGUACCACGCGGAGAAAGACGCGAUCCAUAUAGCAGGCCACUGGGAGAGACAGCUGGCAGCUAAAGAGGAAAAGAUUUGUGUGCUGGAGAAGGCCUUACAAACUCAGCAGGGGCUUGCCCGAGAAGAGAAGGACAAAUUGGUCAGUGAGCUUAACAUGAUCCAGGAAGAAAUGAAGAAAAUGAAAGAGAUAGAAGUCCAAAGGGAGCAGGAUAUCAUUCACAUGAAACAAAGCAGUGAUGAUGCUCACAAGAAGCUAAUACAACACCUAAGAGAGAAGGAGGAUCAGUUCUUAAAAGAAAUGGAACGCUUGGAGAAAGAAACAAAGGCAUGUAGUCAAACAAUGGCCAAGAUGGCGGAGGACCACCGUGAAGCCAUUGUGCGAUUGAAAGAUGCUUUGCACUCUGUGAUCAAGGAGCGCGAUUGCCUCAGUGACAAGCUGAAAUAUCACAUAAAGGAGGCAGAGGAUCUGCAGAAGUUAGCAAAGUUACUGACUGAGGAAAACACCUCACUGGCAUUGGACAAGAGCAUGCUGGAGUUGACGGUAAAGGACAACGCAGCACAGUUAGGGACUCAAAAACAGAAGCUAUCUGAACUGAGAGCUGAGGUGGCUUCCCUCGAGGAGGCCCUACAGCUCAAAGCCGUGGAGAUUGAGCAGCAGGAGAAGAAGGAGAAGGCGAACCUGGUCACCAUCCAGGCCAGCCAGGUGGAGCUGGACAAGUUGCAGAAAGUGCUCGCGAUGCGAGAAAAGGAACUGAAGCAUGUGAAGCAACUGGCGAGCACCAUUGUAGCAAAGCGCCAAGAGCUGGAGGAGUUCUUCCAUGAAGCACUGGGUCAUGUGAGGAAGGAGAUCAAGGACAGCAGGCUCCAAUACAAAAAGGAGGCACUGCAGAGUUAUCGUAGGAGGUUUAGAGAAGCCACAGCAGGAAAGAUAAAGUUCCCACCCAUCCGCACCUUCCAUAAAACUGCCCACAGUACCAACUCUGUCUAUUCAGACAUGGAGGCGGCUGCGACAUGGACGGAUCAACCGGGGGGCGAAGUUGAAAUCUCUGAUCUCACUUGGGAGCAAAAGGAACAAGUGCUCCGGCUUCUCUUUGCUAAAAUGAAUGGAUGCAGAGAAAGCCAAGUCAGCCGACAGGUGGCUCUGCCGGCCUCCACUGAGAAGAGGAGCUUCACGGAGAGCGAUGUAGCCGGAAUUAGAGAGGAGCUGUCCCCGGCGACCAUGAGCACCCCGGCGCCAUCAGAGUCCACGCUGCACUCGCGGCCAGCCGCCCAGCCAGAUACACACAUCACGUGA